AUGGGUGUGCCCCCGCUAUCUCCUGAGGAAGUACACAAUAACAUUAAGGCAUUCCUGAAAAGUGUUGAUGAACCGGUAAUCUCCGGCAGCCUUGUGGUGUACGAGUUUCUUGACAACGCCCUUGAACUCCAAUGGUCGCUGGCAAGAGUACUGAAGCUGGGCGAGCACUACGUCCAGCUCCAGCGAUGGCGAGCAAAGAAUGGGAGCUACGCUGACGUCUUAAAUGCACUCCAGAAAGAGAAAGAACAGAAGGAAGAGGAGAUGCGGAACUGCCAGCACACUCUGUCGCAGCAGCGGGAUGAGUUGGCGACGGUUCGACGAGACACCGAGGCACGAGUGGCACGUGCAAAGGAAGAAGUGGAAAACGCGCGCCGUUCUUUGGCAGCGGUGGAGGAGGUGUGGUUACAUGAAGCCUUCAACGCCCGUCUUCCCUCAGCAGGACUUUGCCUGGUGCUUGAGGCCAGCGUUGCAAUUUUGAACAGUGACGGGGCGGGGGAAGCGGUAACAGGAUGGGAGGAGCUCCGCCCCGUAGUGCGGGAUCCAGCCUUUAUUAACAGGUUGCUGGAAUACUGCCCUGCUGUCGGAAAGGACGCGAAUGCGUGGCAGGACAUCGUCAACAACUACCAGCCGCGACUUCUAAAACUGCGAGAGCAAAUACUGCGUCACUCAGUAAACAUCCUACCAGCGUCCCCUCUUGCCCUGGAGUCAGUUAUUUGCGACUGGGUACUCGCUCAAUUGAACACCAUCAUCGUGUUUCAUGCGCUUGAAAAAUCGCAAACGCGCGCUAAAGAGAUUGGUGAAGACAUAAACACCAACAUUAGUCGCAUGAAGCUACUCGAUAUACAAAUUAGGAAGAAUGCCAAGCAACAGCAUCUCUGCAACGAAGGCUACGGUAUCAUCACUGACAAAAAUGACAAAACCGAUGCGUGCCUCACCUUUAGUGAGGCCAGCGACAUCGCACCAAUCACAGUCCCCCGCUCCUCGAUAACAGCAUCAAUCAAGGCCAACAGUACCGGCGUUGCUGUCAUCACACAAGAGGAGAGCAAACGCCUUCUUUCUAGAGCGUCCAUGCACCGUCCAUUACUUUACGCAGCAUUACACACAGCGCUAAACAAUGUAAAUCAUAUAAAAGAUAAAUACCACACCAAUGCCACUUUGCUUCAGGAACUAAGUGAAAAGACAAAUAAUGUACAUAAGCAGAACAAUGACCUGACAAAACAGCUAAAAACAGCGAACACAGAAAUCAACAAAGUUCACCAAGAACUUCUUAGAAAUAAGCAUCUUUCCAAACAGGCACAAGAACAUUACGACCAACAACGCCGACACAUUCAGGAACAACACGACAAAGCGUUGCGCCAACUACAAGACGGUCAGCGCCUGUUUAAAGACAUGCAAAACAAAGAACAACAACGCCUGAAGGAGGAAAUAAAACGUCUAGCAGAAGAGAAAAAACAAGUGGAAAAUGAAAAUGCCAACAACCAUACCGCCCUACAACAAACACAAAGUCAGAUAAAGCAACUCAAUCAACAGGCGGACGACCUCCGCCGACAACUCGUAGACACAGGACACGAAUUCAAAAAAAUGCUCAAUGCGCAUGAAGAAGAUAAAACACGCUUGAUAAAUGAUCUCAAUAAGGUUAAUGAUCGAGAGAAAGAUAUGAAGCAGAAACUGAAAGAGCUGCGUGCUGAGAAUGAGCAGCUGCGUGAAGAGAACGAGCAGUUGCGUGCUGAAAAUGAGCAGCUGUAUGGCGCGGACGAGGACAAGGUUCGUGCGUUGGAGGAGCUGAACGACCGGGCGGAGGAGAUGAACCGGCAGCUGGAGGAGUUGCGUGCUGAAAAUGAGCAGCUGCGUGCCGGGGACGACGGCAACUUUCGUUCAUUGGAGGAGCUGAAUGAUCGGGCGGAGGACAUGAACCGGCA